AACACCUCAACGUCUUAUACCCCCCCUCCCCUCCCCAAACAGUCGAACACCACCAGCAACCUCACAGCACCACCGCUAACCCCCCUGUACUACUUUCUCUCUCCUCCAUUUCCGAUGGCUUCAGCAGCUGUAGCUCUACGGCGAAGAACUCGAGCUCCGAAGCCCGUCUUCCGACCCCCUUCACCGUCAUCAGAAUCUGAAUCCGAAUCUGAUUCGGACUUUGACGAUGUAUGUUGCGAGGAGUGUGGAUCUGGGAAGAAUGCUCCUGAUUUAUUGCUCUGCGACGGUUGCGAUCGAGGCUACCAUUUAUAUUGUCUUAAGCCUAUUCUGGCUGCUGUUCCUAAAGGCUCCUGGUUUUGUCCGCCUUGCUCCGGUGGCAAGAAGCCCAACAGUUUUCCUUUAGUACAGACUAAAAUUGUUGAUUUCUUCAGAAUCCAAAAGCCACCAAUAGAAGUUGAAAAGCCAGUGACAGAUUCUCGAAAAAGGAGGAAGCGAUCAAGUAGCUUUGUAGUCUCUAAAAAGAGCAGGAAAUUGUUGCCCUUCAAUCCUAGUGAAGACCCUAACCGGAGAUUGGAACAAAUGGCAUCUUUAGCCACUGCAUUGACAGCAACCGGGACAGAAUUUAGUAACGAGCUCACUUAUGUCCCUGGCAUGGCUCCUAGAUCAGCAAAUUGUGCUGCUCUUGAGGAUGGAGGAAUGCAGGUCAUGUCAAAAGAAGAUACCGAGACCUUAAAUCUGUGCAAAAAAAUGAUGGAAAGAGGGGAAUGGCCUCCUCUUCUAGUUGUCUUUGAUUCUAAAGAAGGGUUCACAGUACAGGCAGACAGAUCAAUCCGAGAUUUGACAAUCAUCACAGAAUAUGUUGGAGAUGUUGAUUACCUUAGGAACCGUGAAAAUGAUGAUGGGGAUAGCAUUAUGACAUUGCUUUCAGCUAGUAAUCCUUCACAAAACCUCGUUGUCUGCCCUGACAAGCGUAGUAACAUUGCACGCUUUAUCAAUGGCAUUAACAACUACACCCCGGAGGGAAGAAGGAAGCAGAAUCUAAAGUGUGUAAGAUAUAAUAUCAAUGGUGAAUGCAGAGUUUUGCUGAUUGCAAAUAGGGAAAUACGUAAAGGAGAAAGACUCUAUUACGAUUAUAAUGGACUUGAGAAUGAAUACCCAACUGAGCAUUUUGUAUAACAUUUCUUCUCCCUUGUUAUUUUUUUACCUAACCCCCAUUUUUGGCUUUCCCUGAUGUGCUGGAUUCAAUCUGUAAGCUGUAUAUGUAAUCCUCAGGCCAGGGUCUUACUCAUUUUAGAUCAUGAUAUAGAAUUGUAUUUCUCUUUGAGAAAUUUUCAAAGUUUAAAUGGAUAGGUAUUUCUUCCA